CUCUCUAUACAUGUAUUGGUUUUUCCCUUCAAAACUUGAAUGUAUCUUCUGAAUAUUAGAUAUAGAGAGAAACCCUCUUUCUUUUCUGUAGUCGAGAUCGAUACAAUUGAAUUUUGAAACUAGGUUGUUAGAUCUACUCUUAGGUUAUCUGGGUUCCUUCCAUUUUGAAGAGUUUUCCUUUCAUCUCUAUACAAAAUCUGGAAAUGAAACGAUUGCGAGACGACCUUAAUGUCAACUCGCAAUUUAGGCGGCCGUUAGCUUCUUCUCGUGGAGAAUCCUAUGGACAGUCUCAGGCUCCUGGAGUUGGUAGCGGCGGAGGAGCAGGAAGCGUAGUAGAUGGAGAUGGUGGAGGAGCUGGUGGAGGAGUUGCACAGAAGCUGACAACAAAUGAUGCUUUAACUUAUCUGAAAGAAGUUAAAGAAAUGUUUCAGAAUCAAAGAGAAAAAUAUGACAUGUUUCUUGAUGUCAUGAAAGAUUUCAAGGCUCAAAGAAUUGACACUACUGGUGUCAUAGCAAGGGUGAAAGAGUUGUUUAAGGGGCACAACAAUCUAAUCUUUGGGUUCAAUACUUUUCUACCUAAAGGCUAUGAGAUUACUGAUAUUGAAGAGGAAGAGGAAGAGAACCCUCCCAAGAGAACUGUCGAGUUUGAAGAAGCGAUAGGUUUCGUGAACAAGAUUAAGAAACGAUUCCAAAACGAUGAGCAUGUAUAUAAAUCAUUUCUGGACAUCUUGAAUAUGUAUAGGAAGGAACACAAAGGCAUCACUGAUGUCUAUCAAGAGGUUUCAUCCCUAUUUGCAGAUCAAUCGGAUUUGCUUGAUGAGUUCACUAGAUUUUUACCCGAAACUUCAGCAACCCAUGUUUCUUUUGGACGACCUUCUCUUCAUCGUUAUGAUGAACGUAGCUCUGUAAUUACUGCGCCACGCCAGACUCCAAUUGAUAAGCAACGUCGAAAGGAUAGAAUUAUUAAUUCUCAUGAGCGAGACCAAAGUGUUGAACGCAAUGAUUAUCAUGAUGAUAAAACGAUAAUAAAAAAUCAAAAGGAUCCAAAGAAGCGAGCUGAAAAGGAGAGCAAGGAGAGAAGGAAUCACGAUCAGGAUUACAAGGAAACUGAGCACAACAGUAAUAGGGACUUCAUUAUGCAACGAAAUGAUAAACCAAAAAAAAAUCCGAAGUUUGAAGACGUCGGUACAAGUUCUGUCAUGGCCUCUUAUGAUGAUAAAAAUGCCUUAAGAAGCAUGUAUAAGGAAGAGUUCAUUUUCUGUGACAAAGUGAAGGAAAGGUUGGGUAGUUCAGAUGAUUACCAAGCUUUCUUGAAGUGUCUUCAUAUUUAUAGCACGGAAAUAAUUACUAGAAAGGAACUGCAAAGUUUGGUGUCAGAUUUACUUGGAAAAUAUCCAGACCUCAUGGAUGGGUUCAAUGAAUUUUUGCAACGCUGUGAAAAUAUAGAUGGAUUUCUUUCAGAUGUUAUGAAUAAAACAGAAUCAUUGUGGAAUGAUGGAAAUUCAGCCAAGCCAGUUAAGAUAGAGGACAAGGAAAAGGAGCAGAAGCGUGAAUUAAUGGAGCAAAAGGAGAAAGAGAGACACAAGGAGAAGUAUUUGGGAAAGUCUAUACAAGAACUUGACCUCACUAACUGUCAACGCUGUACUCCCAGCUACAGGCUUCUACCGGAUGAUUAUCCUAUACCUAUAACAAGCCAUAGAACAGAACUUGGCGCACAAGUGUUAAAUGACCAUUGGGUCUCUGUAACUUCAGGGAGUGAAGAUUACUCAUUUAAGCACAUGCGCAGGAAUCAGUAUGAAGAGAGCCUAUUCAGAUGUGAGGAUGACAGAUUUGAGCUGGAUAUGUUGCUGGAAUUAGUGAGCUCAACUUCUAAGCGAGCUGAAGAACUAUUGAAUGGCCUUACUGACAAUAGUAUCAGCUUAGAGAUCCCAAUGCGUGUUGAAGAAUAUUUUACAGUUCUCAAUUUAAGGUGCAUUGAACGCAUUUAUGGUGAACAUGGUUUGGAUGUCUUGGAGAUUUUAAAGAAGAAGCCUUCUGUUUCAUUGCCUGUUAUAUUAACCCGUCUAAAGCAGAAGCAAGAGGAGUGGACGAAUUUUCGCGGUGAUUCCAACAGGGUUUGGGCUGAAAUAUAUUCAAAGAACCACUAUAAAUCGCUUGACCAUCGUAGCUUCUACUUCAAGCAGCAGGAUUCAAAGGACUUGAGCCCAAAAACGUUGGUAGCUGAAAUCAAAGAAAUUAAAGAGAAAACACAAAAUGUUGAUGAUGUGGCUCUAACUAUUUCUGCGGGAAGUAGAUAUCUUAUCAACCCGAAUCUUGAAUAUGAAUAUGCUGAUGCUGACAUUCAUGAGGACUUGUAUAAACUGGUAAACUUUUCCUGUGAAGAAGUUUGUUCAACAAAAGAGCAGUUGAGUAAAGUUAUGAAACUUUGGACCACCUUCUUGGAGACAAUGUUGGGUGUCAAGUCACGGUCAAAUGUAAUGGAAGGUGCUGAAGAUGGUGCUAUGGAAAUGCAUCAUGCUGUUAUAGCUAGUACACCUGUUGUAGAAGCUUCAUUGCUGAACUCUAAGCGAAUAAAGCCUGUCAACAAUGAAUCGGAAAGUAAAUUUCCAUUACCAGCAACUCCUUGCAAAACAAAUACAGAAAAUGGGGAUGCCCCGAACAGACAAGAGGGUUAUGUCCAAAAAGAGCAGAAUAUUGCCACUAUAUCGGAUAAAUUGGCAGAUCUUGUCGUUACAGCAGGUUUGAGUGAGCGUUUGACCAAUUCAAAUAUCUCAUUAGCUGUUGGAGCUGACAAAAAUUGUGACGUAAUUAGUUCUGAUAUGGUGCCAGGAGGAGCACCUUGUUUACACAAUGAAGCUAUUGUCGAGGACAAACCAGAAGGAAAAUCAGAUGUUAAUGAGGUUGUCAUUCAAGUUAGAGCAGUUACAUUGGAGAAUGUAGAGUGCAAAAAUGUGAACAGAUAUGAGAAGGAUUCUACUGAGAAAGAAGAGGGGGAGCUAUCACCCAAUGGCGACUUUGAGGAGGAUAACUUUGUUUAUGGAGAAUGUCGUCUACAAGAAACAUUGUCAAAGAAUAAGAAUGCUGAAAAUGGUGAUGCGAUAUUUUGCCAAGAAAAUGAUCUAGACGCGGAUGAUGAGGACAGUGAAAAUGUUUCCGAGGGUGAUGAUGUUUCAGGAAACGAGUCUGCUGCCGAUGAAUGCUCACAUGAAGAAGAGGAAGAAGAUGGGGCUAAGGUUGAGAGUGAAGGUGAGGCCGAGGGAGGAUUAAUGCCUGAUGUACACUUUGGUGGGGUUGAUAGCAUUUCACAACCUAUGAUGGAAAAUCUCUUACGGACUGUAAAGCCAUUGGCGAAGCAUGUUGUCUUAACCAACAAAGAAAUGAAGGAUUCCCGUGUUUUCUUUGGAAACGACUCUUUUUAUGUGCUUUUUAGGCUACAUCAGGUAUUGUAUGAAAGAUUACUAUCUGCAAAGAUGAAUUCAGCAGCUGCUGAAGCUAAGUGGAAGAACUCAAAAAAUAGUAGCUCGCCCGACCUUUAUGGCAGAUUUAUGGGUGCCCUCUAUGGUUUGCUUGAUGGAUCUUCUGAUAAUAGCAAGUUUGAGGAUGAUUGCCGGGCUAUUAUUGGCAAUCAGUCUUAUGUUCUGUUUACCUUGGAUAAAUUGAUUUUUAAGCUGGUGAAGCAGCUGCAAACGGUUGCCACUGAUGAGACAGAUAACAAGCUUCUUCAGUUGCACGAGUAUGAAAAAUCUAAGAUGCGUGGCCGUUAUGUUGAUUCCGUAUAUUUCGAUAAUGUGCAUGUGAUUCUUCAUGAAGAGAAUAUAUACCGGUUUGAAUGUCCCUGUGUUGGAACACGUUUGUCAAUUCAGUUGAUGGACGAUGGAAGUGACAAGUCUGAUGUAGUUGCUGUUUCAGUUGAUCCUAGUUUUUCCAAUUAUUUGCUCAAGGGUUUUCUAUCUUCUUCCAAGAAGGAACCGUCGGGUAUCUAUCUUCAAAGAAAUAAGCGUAAAUCACUAGUCGAUGAAACUUCUGAUGUAUGCACGGCUAUGUUAAGUGUUCAUGUUCUGAAUGGUUUGGAGUGUAAAAUGGCCUGCAACUCUUCAAAGAUUUCCUACGUUCUAGACACAGAAGACUGUUUAUACCAGACUAAAAGAAGAUGUUUGUCAAAAAGUAGGCAGUCGUUUUCCCAGGAUCAGGCGAGAGUAAAACGCUUUCACAAGAUUUUGUCCAUCUCAUAAGCGUAUAUGCUCGAAUGUGCAAAGGCUCGCAUUGAGCUCGUAACUGGGCGAGCUGCUGCUGCCGGAAACGUAAUGGGGGCAGAUGAUGGGGCUACCUGGGGAUACAAUGAAUGAACUCAAUUGGUGUGUAAAUAAUAAUACUCUUUUGUAGAGUAAUGAUUUUUCCAUAGUUUUUCCUAAUGUAGUCUUAUUUAGUAGUGCUCUAGUUGGUUCUACUUAAUAGGAUGUUGGUCAGGUCAAUUGUGGUCAAUACUCUUUUUUUCUUGUUGUUUUUAGUUGGAACUUUUACAGAAUUUAGAGGUUUAUAUAUGUCAUGUACUUGUCAAAUGUUAGAACAAAGCUAAACUGACUGAAAGGCACUUGUAAGGAUUUAUUGGUGGGGGGCAUAACUGUUGUUUUUUAAUAUAAAAUGAAUGGUUUGGAA